AUGGACACCACAAUAUUCCAUUUUAAACUAACUCCAGAAGAGGCUGACCAUCUUGAACAUUAUAAAAUACAAACAAGAGAUGAGUCAAUUAUUAAUAAUAAAAUUAAUAUUCCUUAUCUCUUUAUUCCAAUUAAUAAUAUUAUUCCAAAAUGGGUAGUUCCAAAUAUGAUUACACUAAGUGGUAAUGUAAUGCCAAUUCUUGCAUUUACAUUAAUGACAAUAUUAUAUCCAGAUUAUUCACAACCACUUCCAGCAUGGAUGAGUAUUUUUAAUUCAUUUUCAAUUUUAUGGUUUUGGAUUGCUGAUUCAUGUGAUGGUAUUCGUGCACGUUCUUCUGGUAUUUGUUCACCAAUAGGAGAUUGGUUAGAUCAUUCAUUAGAUAAUGUAACAUAUUUCUGUUUUGUAGGCUUUUUAGAUCAUAUGUUUUUAUGUAAUAGUGUUAUUAAAGACAUGUUGAUUGUACUAUUUAUGGUAUACACUUCAUAUUGUGUACAAAUACAAGCAAUUUAUACACAUGCAAUUAAUCUUGGAAUUAUUAAUGCUUCAUGUGAAGGAAUUAUGGGAUUUAUUGGAUUAGUCUUUUUAGGUGCUUUUAUUCCAUUUUAUGAUUUUAAGUUAUUUGGUAUACCAGUGUUUCAAUUACUUCUUCCUAUUAUUGGAGGAUUAUUAGUGAUUCAUACUCUUGUAAUGAUUAAAGGAAUUAAAAAUGAUUUCCCAGAUAAACCAGAAUAUAUAAAAGAAUCAAUAGAGAUGUUAAUUAAUUCUAUGGUAUGUGUUUUUGUUGGAAUACUCUUCUAUUAUUCCUUCUGUAAUGAAUUUACAACAACUAAUUAUAUCUUUAACAAUUUAUGGAUUUAUUUCUGUUCAUUGAUUUAUGUAGAUAUGAUUAUUCAAUCUCGUUUAUUUGGUAGGGACAUUCCUAAAUUAUACAAUUUGAAAUUCCUUAUUUCAUUACUCACACCAAUUGUCCUUAUUUGUUUCUGUUCAUUCACUACUUCUGUAAUAAUAGGAGCUGUUGUAGGUGGAGUUGUGAUGUGGACUGAUUGGAUAGCAACACUUCUUUCAAUGUUAGAUGGACUUCAUUUGAAAUUAUUCCAACAUGAGCCAACUCGUUUUGCACCAAAGAAGAAUUGA